AUGGUGUGUGAGGUCGGUUCGGCGGUCAUGGACAUGAGCGGAGAGGGCGGCGGCGCAGGCGCGGGGGCCAGCGCGCUGCAGCAACGGUGGUAUGAGAGCCGCGUCAACGGCAGCCCGGCCGCCGGUGACGUCAACACGGAGACUAAUGGCGACGGGUUCUUCCAUUCUCCGUUGGAAGGCGGCCACCAUAGCCGGGCCCGCUACUACCAUCAACAGAUGCACGCCCCCUACUCCGCCGCUGUCUCCUCGCACGGUCGGACGUUAAGCGGCAGUAGUGGGCAAGUGUGUCGACCGCACUUCCACACGCCGCUGCACCCCUGGUUGGAGUCUAAGGCGCUAAGUGGAGGGGCUUGGGGAAGCGGCUUCCAGCAGGAUGCUCAGGGAGACAAACCGUUAUCUCCCGCGCAGCAUCAUCAUCCUCAUCCCUUAUUUUCCUUUCCCCCGACGCCUCCAAAGGAUUCAACACCGGAUUCAGUGGCAGCUGCAGCGUUGGGUCAACAGGACUAUCAAGCAGCCGUCGCGCAUGCAACCGCAAUGAGUGUUGCCUUUAUGCAGCAACAGCAGGAGUUGCCGCUCUGCGGGGAUGUUAAGCCCAUGAUGGGCGCACCUCCUUCAAAGCAGCGUGAAGGUGCGCAGCCGGACUCGUGCCCUCAGGAGUCGAGCCAGCCCUCCGGGGAAUACAACACGCAAUACAGUGCCGCCGGCGGCGACUACUACAACUACCAGGGAAAGGGGUAUAGUGGGGCGCAACAGCAGAGCAAGCCUCGACCGAACAAGACGCGAACUAGCGCCGAGGGUCGGGAGUGCGUCAACUGUGGCGCAACAAGCACACCGCUGUGGCGACGCGACGGUACCGGCCACUAUUUAUGUAACGCAUGCGGACUCUACUACAAGAUGAAUGGACAAAACAGGCCGCUGAUCAAGCCCAAGCGAAGAUUGGUGAGUUCACUACAAAGUGCAGCGAGACGAGCAGGGACAUCGUGUGCUAACUGCAAGACGACAACCACGACGUUGUGGCGACGCAACCAGAAUGGAGAGCCUGUGUGCAACGCCUGUGGACUCUAUUACAAACUACAUAAUGUAAACCGACCCUUAACGAUGAAGAAGGAAGGUAUCCAAACAAGGAACCGUAAGCUGAGCAGUAAAAGUAAGAAGAAGAAGGGAGGCAUGGGAAUGGGAGGUGGUGGAGCAUGCGCGCUUGCACUCGGUGGUGUUAUGGGAGACAUGAUCAAGCCACUAGGAGACGCUACUAAAGGCUUUGGAGGCUCGGCUUUUCCCUCUGCUAUGGACUUCGGUCAACACCAAGUAGGUUUAGUGCAUCCAGCGGCGGCGCACAUGUCGCACUGGUACGGCGCACCCCAUCAAGGAUUUGCGCCUCCACCUGCCUCCCAUAACCCCUAUCAUCACCAUCACCUUGCGCAGCUUAAUUCUAUGACUGGCUGGAGGAGUGAGUACACGUGA